CUGUUCACGGCGCCCUCUACCGGAACGUCAUGUUCGCCCUUUCUCCCGGAAGUAAAUACAUUCGAGCUCCUUCCACUCGACACGUGUGAACGCGCACUGGUCUAACCAUGGGGAAGUCCAAGCAAACGAGAAACCACAAUAAUGGCAAAAAGAAGAACAUCGCAAAGACGUGGAAGACGAAACGCAGGACGAAAGACUUGGACGAGAUCCACUCAGACAUGAAGCCCGAGACUGCUGCCAAACUGCUUCAUCAGGAGGUGGACUAUGAUGUGACAGGAUGUGCACAGCAUUACUGUUUACACUGCGCGAGAUACUUUGUGGAUAUGAAAUCUUUGAAAGACCAUUUCAAGACCAAAGUCCACAAGAGACGGUUGAAACAGCUGAGGGAGGAGCCGUAUACCCAGGCGGAGGCAGAGAGGGCGGCCGGAAUGGGCUCCUACAUUCCUCCAAAAAGUGUGGAGGUGAAGACACAACCUGUGGAAGAAGACAUGCUGAGCUGAAAAGCUCAGAAACUAUUUCAAUUUACAAAAGCCUAAAGUAAAACUGUGUGGAGUGGUAAUAAAGCCUGAGUCGGAUUGCCGUGACGCAAGGCUGAUAAACUGAUGGUCUCUAGUAAAUGAAUUGCAUUUUUCAAACAUGCUGAGUUUUAACGUUCAUUUGAGAGGUUUUUGUACAGUUGGAAAUAUGCACAUUAUUGGGACAGAAGGUUGAAUAGGAGUCAGUAUUUUAGCUCAAAUGGAUUUUAGCGAACUGUACUAUAUUUCACUUUGGUACUACAGUAUCGUAACCUGAUUAUAAGCCUCACCCAGUACAUUUGGAAAGGAAAAUACCAUUUGGCACAUACAUAAGUCGCACCUGUGUAAAAGCCACAAGUGCACACAUUGAAUCCCACGUUGAAACAUGAGAUAUUUACAAAGAAAGAUGGUACACAAAAGGAGUUUUUAAAGUUUUAGUCCAGGGCUCUGCAACCUUUUUGAGGCUGAGGGCUAAUUCGUGAGCGCCGAUCAUAUGAAGGGCUACGUGACCUAAGACGCGGCAGUAGCACAGCAGCAAUGUGCCAGCGCGGCACUAACAGGGCCAGUUAAAAAAAAAAAAAAAUGGUAAAAAUCACUUGGACACGACUUUCACACCGAAGCAACAGGCUAGCGCAGCGCUAACAGGGCCGGUUGAAAAAAAAAAAUACAUACCGGUAAAAGUCACUUCCUUGGCACAUAUAUUCCACUGGCGUCACUCUUACCUUUUCUGGUCGAGUGCUCCCUUGCGGCAGCUAGAAAAAAAAAAAACCCACAAAUUAGCCACAUCAGUGCAUAAGCCGCAGAAGAAGUAAAUUCAACUACAGUGGAUAUCUUAAUUAAGUUUUAGAGGAUUUAGCCCCCCCCCCCAAAAAAAAAGAAUGGACAGUAGGGACAUGGAGGAAAACACAAAUCAGUGAGGGACAACCGAUUCGGAGAGGCAAGAUAAUCCACAAAAUAAAAGUGAAGUUAGAUGUCAGCUGAUGAUUUGUCGCAGUUCAACUCAUACUCGUGUGCCUCCCUGAAAAUCCACGACAUUUAGUUUAAAAAAGAAUUCUAAUCUGGGUGGGGGAAAAAAGAGGUAAGGUGUAUAUUUUUUGGUAGUAGCUAAUUUUAUAUCGUUGAGUCAGUUCCCAAGUUGUCAGCAAUGCUUUGUUGAGCAAACACCAGAUAGCUGUUAAAUGCCAUUGUAAAGUUAAUUUUCUCAAUAUGAUCAAUAAGUUCAGAAGAAAAACAUGUUCUUGGUUGAUGUGCAACGUUAUCAAAACUGAUCUUGAACAUAUUUAAGAAUGUGAGCAUCUUUUAUUUCCUUCAAAUACAUGAUUUUAACAAGCGUUCUACACUUAUCUCC